CUUCUUUUAUCCCUACUCGUCCUCUCUCUCUCUCUUCCCCUCCCUAUCUCUCUCUAGACGCUACCAUUAUAUUCUCUCCCCAAUAAUAAAUAAAUUAUCUUUCAUUUUUUCACCCCCCUCUCCAAGAUUUUGAUUUUACUAUUUUACGGCAGUUAAUAUUUAUUUAAUUGCGUUGGCUGACGUGGCAUGCAACCAAUAAAAAAGCACCAUGAACACCAAAACUAUGCGUCUUCCGCCACGUCGCGUUCAAACGCCAGACAAACGCAAAGAAAGAGACGGCGUUAUAUCCUCCGUCGUCCAAAAACCGCCGGAAACCUCCGUGAAGAAGCUUCCUCCGCCGCAUGUUGUUAACCGUCCGCCGGUUAAUUCCAAUACUAAUAAAUCACUAAUCGCAGCCGAGCCGGUCGGCUCGAACCAGCUAAUUUUAGCGGGUUACUUGAGUCACGAGUUUCUCACCAACGGCACACUCUUCGGUGAGCAAUGGGAUCCGGCUCGAGCACAAGCCGGUACGACCGAGUCGAUGAAGUUAAAGCGGAGCCAUAUUAGUGAGCCGGCUGAGGAAAGUGAGCCGAAAAGGAAGAGGUAUGUGGAGGUUGCUAAUCUUCUACGGUCUGACGGGGCCCACCUGCCCGGCAUCGUCAAUCCUGCCCAGCUUGCCCGUUUUCUCAAACUGUGAUCGCGUGUACACGUGUAGACAGAUCAUUGGUCUGUCGUUUGGGAAGCAAAACAGCUCUAAAACGGGAACCUCCUCCCUCCUCUCCAUCUCUAUCCAUUUUUUUUUUCUCUCAAAUGUUUUUAAAUCAUCUCUGUGUAAAGCUGAAUCUCGCUCUCUCUUGAUCGUCUUCCUCGAGAUUGAUCGAGAAAGGUUAGGGUUUGUUGUGAGGUAGAUGUUCGUGUCUUUGUACAUCAGACGUAUCAACUAGCCAAUCGAUUAAUAUUCUCAAGUUUUAAUUUAA